AUGAGGGAUAAAGUGCUUGUCGUGUUGGAGGAACGUGGUGCCCAGAACACCCGUUGGCUGACGGACGUAUUUGGAGAUGGUAUCACUGGUGAAACACCGAUAUACAGCGACUUAACGUGGACUACUAAAUACUACUCGGAGACAUUUGAUCUUUACGUGGACGAGUACGAUGAUUUGGACGAGUGGAUAGAGGAGUUCACAUCAGACGACUGUGCGGUAUUGAGAGAUGCACUUGCCGGCGUGAUCUUAGUAAGAACAGGCAUUGCUACCGGUGAUCACCACUCGCAAAGAAUCGCAAACAGUUUGAGUACAGAUGACAUGUUUCUUGUGUGGUUGGAUAAACGAGAGUCUGUGGAUGAUCGGGAACUGCCCUUGCCCUGGGAAGUAGUACAACUCGAGGAGACCGCCAGGGAUCGUGAACUCAACGAGAAGAGCGGGGCUGCCCGCCUCAAGGAAAUUCUUGAUGUCCACACUUGGCCUGGCACAGACCGGCUCGAGCAGGAGCCCGCGGACAUGGAUGAACUAAUCACACUAAUGCGGGAGGCCAGGCUCCGCUGUCAAGAUAUGUCGGACGAUGAGGAGUCCCAGAGGUAUGCAAUGAGCUUGGCUGAACAAAUAGCUAAACGUAUAUAA